UACACGGCACUCCAAGUUGCAGCGAAAAAAGGUCGUGACGACUGCGUGGCGUUCUUGCUCCAGGAGGGCGCAGACGUGAACCAGCGAGAUGUAAGUCAUUACUAUACGAAUUCACUCACUACAAUAAUACUUUAUCACUCCUUGCCUCAGUCCGACGGCUUCAGUGCAUUACACGAGGCAGCUUUUCUCGGCCACGACAACAUUGCAAGGAUCCUGUUGCGGCACGGAGCCGACAAGACUUUCAUCAACUCGGAAGGUGCCACCGCAUUGGAUUUGGCUGUGCGUCAUGGAAACGGAGUCAUCGCGCACAUGCUCGCAGAAGGCCAUUCCGCCGAUCGAGGGUUCUACUAGACCAAAAUCUGACUUGAAUAAAAAAGUAUGCCUCUAUUUUGUGUUUCACUGGUGUACAAUGUCAACUGAGACCAUGGAGUCGUCGGAUGAGGACGGGCCCAUCGCGACGUCCACGAGCUGGCGCUAUUGCCUGCACAUUGCGUACUACGGGACGGGAUUGGUGGGGUGGCAACGGCAGCAGCAGGAGACCAAAAGCAGCUCGGGCCACGACAGUGUGCAGGAAGUGAUGGAAGCCGCCGUAACGGAGACUUUGGGGGCCUCUAAGCGAGUCAACGUCACUGGAGUCAGCCGCACGGAUGCAGGCACCCACGCACUCUAUCAAUUUGGCUUCAUUCGACUCAAUUCGGAGCUGCACAUGACGAUGGACGAGCUGAAGGACCGCAUCAAUGCCAAGCUGGGGAAUGGUCGAGUGGUAGUGCUUGGAGUGACUGUACCAACGAUGGGUCCAUCACGGAUUCGAUCACGCUACAAGAAGUACAUUUACUACUUGCAGCAAGGGCAUCGACCAGAUCUGGAGCUGGGCAAAUACUCGUGGUUUCUUGGAAGAAGACUUGAUAUUCAACGGAUUCGUGAUGCACUGAAGUUUUUAGAGGGAACGCACGAUUUCAGGCCAUUCUCGCAGGGGUUAUUGAAGCCAAAGUACGAGGAUAUGACAACAGUGAGGACAGUCAUCUCGGCCAAAGUGGUUGUUCGACGCAAUGUGAACUUUUCGCUAGACCCCCAAGUGUCCGGCAGUGGCGAGGAGGUUAUUGACGUUGCUGAUAUGUAUCGCGAACCAAGCAAUAGUAUUGUUUACGAUAAACACAAUUCGGACGAUAGCAACGCUGUAGCCACAGGUGACCACAAGAAGAGGAAGGUCGAGCAAGCGAAAGUAGGCGCAACAGUGCAUUUCGUCUGCAUUGAGCUUGUGGCCAACGGAUUCUUGCGGCACAUGGUACGACGAAUCAUUGGAACAUUGCGGCCGAUUGGAGAAGGUGCCCAGCCUGCGACCCGAAUGCAACAGGUCCUCAAUGGUGAAGUCCAACCCGGUCCGUCUGCACCGACAAAAGCUCUCUGGUUGCAUCGCACUUGGUUGACACAAGAGGAGUACGAUAGAGACUGCGCAGUGGAGUGUUGCACUUUGUAGAUUUGCUGAGGAAUUUUUCAGCUUGUUUGUCGUCUUCCACGCGAGCAGGUGGCACACGUUUUGCCAUUUUCAACAUGGAGGAGUAGACAAUCCUGCCACCUUAGAAUGAACGGAAUGUUUACCAAUCUUGCUUCGAAGUACACUUUCUAGAGUCAUGAAACGAU